GAGAACUUGGUGUGUAACAGUCUUAGUCUGGAGUGCACAGUGAGACACAUUCUGAAUGAGUGCUCCCCGACUGGCAGAUGAGAGCUGGAGGCAGAGACUUACAAAAGUGGAAGAAACAGAAAAACAAGGUCGAAGAGACGAGUGCUGUGAGAGGAGAGUGGCACAGAACUACGAGCACACACACGGAACCCCACACCCAGUGCACCCAGCAAGGCUUGGGGUGGAAAUGUCUCCUAAAGAAAGCCUCACCUUCGGGAGUGACAAAAAGAUGAAUUCCACCACCCCUCAGCCCCCCGAGUCCUGCUCCCGAAACGCCCUCAUCAUACAGCAAGUCAUUCCCGUGCUGUACCUGAUGGUCUUCAUCGCGGGGAUCCUGCUCAACAGCGUGUCAGCAUGGAUCUUCUUCUAUGUGCCCAGCUCGAAGAGUUUCAUCAUCUACCUGAAGAGCAUCGUUGUCGCUGACUUCCUGAUGAGCCUGACGUUUCCGUUCAAGAUCCUCAGUGACUCGGGCCUGGGCCCCUGGCAGCUGGGCGUGUUCGUGUGCAGGGUCUCGGCAGUGCUUUUCUAUGUCAACAUGUACGUCAGCAUUGUGUUCUUUGGGCUCAUCAGCUUCGACAGAUACUACAAAAUCGUGAAGCCUCUUUUGACAUCUUUCAUCCAGUCAGUGACUUAUAGCAAACUCCUGUCGGUGAUGGUGUGGCUACUGAUGCUCCUUCUCGCUGUCCCCAACAUUAUCCUCACCAACCAAAGUGUUAAGGACGUCACACAUAUAAAAUGCAUGGAACUUAAGAACGAACUGGGACUAAAGUGGCACAAAGCAUCCAACUACAUCUUUGUGGGCAUCUUCUGGAUUGUGUUUCUUUUGUUAAUCAUUUUCUACACUGCUAUCACAAGGAAAAUCUUCAAGUCCCACCUUAAGUCUAGAAGGAAUUCCAUUUCGGUCAAGAAGAAAUCUAGCCGUAAUAUAUUCAGCAUCAUGUUAGUGUUUUUUGUCUGUUUCGUACCUUACCACAUUGUCAGAAUCUUCUACACAAAGAGCCAGACGGAAGCACACUACAGCUGCCGGUCCCGAGAAAUCCUGUACUAUGUGAAGGAGUUCACUCUGCUGCUGUCCGCUGCCAACGUGUGCUUGGACCCUGUUAUUUAUUUCUUUCUGUGCCAGCCAUUUAGAGAAAUCUUGUGUAAGAAACUGCACAUCUCACUAACAGCUCAGGAUGACUCAGAAACGUCCCGAUGCAGGAGGGCACAAGCAGCGCCUGAAAGCACAGACACGCUGUGAUUCCUGCCGCCGCUCCCGCACAGCCUGGGGCACAUGUGUGGCGCUCAGUUACCAGCGAGAGGGGCAAAUCCGAAAACUGCCAAGACAUUACGCAUCACCUCUGGGCAUUACUAUCCAAUUUAGUGUGAUAAUAAAUUAAAAUGUGAGUUUCCAUGCUUAUGUGUAAUACAAAAGAAAAAAAUAAUGCAUACAUAUUUCGAUCAUAUCAAAAUAGAAGGUUUAAAUUUAUAAUCACUAAUCUGGUCAGUUAAUGUACAACUUUAAAUAGCAAAUAAGAAAAUAAAAAGCAAUCAAGACAAUUCACAAGGGUGUCUUCCAUCUCUAAACACAAGAAUUGAGUUUGUAAGUUAUGGAAAUUUUUUCAACAGGCUCAUUAAAGACCAACUUAAAAGUAUGCACAGUUUGAUAAAGGACUAAAGGCCUGGGUAGAGAAAGAGUCAAGUUUUCUCUGAUUUGAAGAAGGAGAAAAAGUGGACACUCAGAAAAUCACUUAAGACAUUCCCUACUGAUUUAUCUCAUGGCAUUUCAAAAGAAAGCAGAUCAAAUUUAUAUACUUUGCAAUAAAAAACAUAAUUUUUUUCUGAUAGCAUUUUGAAGAUGACAUAAAAUGCAUUUUAGGUAUGUUCUCUACAGAGACUUGUUAAGCCACUUAAUGAGCCCGGAGGUCUGGUGUUAGAAUAUUUUUAGAAGUGGACUCUCCUGAGGGAAGCUAGGUACUGGUCUGUGUCACCAGCAUCCUCCUCUGUUCAGUGGCAUGGACGAAAGAAAAGGAUGGCUGGGCAAAGACACACACACACACAUACAUACACACACACACACACACACACACACACACGUCAGGCCGGAAACACACAUUCUUCUCUAGGGGUGAGUGAAGCAGUUUUUUUUUUAGAAAGCAACUGGACUUGAUUUAAAAAAAUCGAAAAUUUACAGUAAUGAGUGAGAAACUAUACAUAAAGUAAAACUUUACACAUCACAUUUUCCGAAAAACAAAUGAAUAUGUGCAGAUAUGAAAUGUUUGUUUGCUGGCAUAUGAGUUAUCAAAAUAAUUCUUUCUCUGCUAUUAACUGGUUAGAAGACAUUAAGCCCAACUUUCAAAUGUUCUCUUCAAUCUUGUAAGUCAUGUUUAUAUAUGUCAUUCUUUACUGUAUAUGUACUAAUAAAACAUUUUUAA